AUGUCUACUGGCCUUCACUCAGCACGCGAGGAGCUUGGUCUGUCUAAUGUGACUGGCAGUCAUGGUAUGGGCAUUUCAAACUCGGGCUAUCUCAAUGGUGACGUUGGCCAACAGAUUGGCGGACUGCCUAAACCCAUGAGUCUCAGUCCACGAACCUUUGGCAUGGAAGACCUGCGUGAUUUUUGUGGUCCUGUGGGAACGUUCAAGACGGGCUUGACGCCCCGCGUGUUCAGCACAGGCUUGACCCCUCGUUCAGGCUUUACACCUCGCUUUACGACUGGUUUCACACCACGUAUCAACGUUGUGGGAUUGAACCAAGCUUCCAAUGGCCACGUGACGGAGAGUUCUAGUAGCUACAUGAAUCGACCGGGUGCAGGUUAUUCACCGCGUGGUGCCUCUGAUACCAACAACAAUAAGAUAUCGCCUUCGGGCUUUACACCCAAGGACGUAUCUGGUGCCAAGGUUCCCAUGCGCUUUCCUGGCGCUUUUUCGAGCAAUAGCUCGCCCAAGAUGACAAUGUCCGACCAGUACAAGCAAGAGCCACAGUCGCACAUCCAGCAGAUGCAACAGAUUCAUCACCAGACGCAGCAAAUGAACCAUCAUCCGGGGCAAAUGUCGCACCCCGUCAUGCCUGCCAUGAGCGUGCCCAUGUACGACUACAUGAACCGUUCAGCAAUGCAGCAGACUUCGGACCCUCGUCUUAGUGUAACUCCUAAUUCGGACCGUGCGUCGGACCAGGAGGAUCUGGAUGAGCGCCGCCGUAUGAAGAACCGCGAACGUGUGCGCAAGUGCCGCAAGCGCAAGCAAGAUCGUCUUAAUUUUUUGGAAGACCGCACAGCUGAGCUGGAGAAAGAAAAUGAUAUGUUGAAGGUUAAGAUUGCCCGCCGGGACUCUGGAGUUACUGCUGAGCCCUUUACGGAGGCACGGCUGGAAGACCUUCGCAAGAAGCAGAACACGACGUUGACGUCGUAUAUUCGUGCCUACAACGAGGCUGAUGGAUCAGCAUUUGAGACUAUUGCCCAUGGUAUAUGGGCCGACAAUGCUGAGAUAUUGCACGGCAGCAAUGGUGCUAGUGUUGCUGGCAUGACGGACAUCAUCGCGAGCAAGAUGUCGAGUAGUUGCGUUUUUGCCAAGUACGAGAUACGGCAGUACACGGUGCAGUGGAAACUUAGCUCGACGAACAAAUGCCUUGUCAACUGGGAGGUCGAAGUGAUUGUGAAAAAGGAGGCAAGCAAGAACGUUCCACUGACUAAGCCUUUUGCUGAGCUAGCGCCGCAUUUUGGUGAUAGCAGUGAGCCACUAUCGUUUCAGAUGACGUCUCACAUUACGUUUGACGACGAUGGUAAGAUUGUGGAGGAGAUUCGUCAGAUUAACCUGUCGCGCAUUAGCGAGAAGAUUUUGGAGCUGUAUUCGGAAAACCCCAAGAAGGCUGCUCACGUGCUGCGGUGCCUGGUGACGACGGUGUAG